AUGAGACUCAUCAUUCGAGACGAUCCGGCUUCCGCCUCAUCCUACAUCGCAAACUACAUCAUCAACAGAAUCAAAGCCUUCGCACCAACGCCUUCACAUCCCUUCGUGCUCGGCCUGCCCACCGGUUCCAGCCCCGUCCUCAUCUACAAAAUCCUCGUCGAAAAGUUCAAAGCUGGCGAGAUCUCCUUCGAAAAUGUCGUUACCUUUAACAUGGAUGAAUACAUCGGUAUCCCCCGCGAACACCCCGAAUCCUACCACACAUUCAUGUACAAGCACUUCUUCUCACACGUCAACGUCCACCCAAAAAACAUACACAUCCUAAACGGCAACGCGCCCGACCUCGAAGCAGAAUGCGUCGGCUACGAAGCCGCAAUCAAAGCACACGGCGGCAUCGACCUCUUCCUCGGGGGCAUCGGCCCAGACGGCCACAUCGCGUUCAACGAGCCCGGGUCCUCCCUCGCCUCGAGAACGAGAGUCAAGACCUUGGCUUAUGAUACGAUAAUUGCGAAUAGCAGAUUCUUCGACAAUGAUUUGGAAAAGGUGCCGAAGAUGGCGCUGACGGUGGGCGUGCAGACAGUGCUGGAGGCGAGGGAGGUGGUGAUUAUUAUUACCGGGGCGCACAAAGCACUGGCGCUGCAGAAGUGCAUUGAGGGGGGAGUGAACCAUAUGUGGACUUUGUCCUCCCUUCAAUUGCACCCACAUCCCAUGAUCGUGGUAGACGAGGACGCGACGCUGGAGCUGCAAGUUAAGACCGUCAAGUAUUUCAAAUCCAUCGAGAAGGUAGCCGCCUCCCAAGGGUUCGAGCAAAUCUUGCCCUCUGCGAUCCGCACUGGUCCUCGCCCACAGCAAAACCACGUCGAUCCCACGCCGGAAGUGAAGGAGGAGCCGAGUAUCCAGGCCCCGCAGCCUCUGACAAGCACGCUGCUUGCGGCGCCCGCGACAGAGUACCCGCUGAGAAGUCAUAGCCCGGAUUUGAUUCCUGAUCGGAUGGGGGCGAGGAUUGUUGCUUACUAA